AUGUGGAAGACCAAAAGCCACAGUAACCAUUACGCCUGCUCAACCUGUGUUCAGAGGAGAGACAGUCUCAGAUGUGACGUAUAUGGUGGAGGAGUCACUAGCUGGCGCUACUACUGGUAUAAAGAAGGUUUAUACAGUGUUUUCAGUGAUCAACAGGAACACACAUUCAGGUCUGUUACUGAGUCUGACGCAGGUAAAUACUCCUGUAAUGGAUAUAUUAGAUCAAACGGCUCUCAUCGCAGUGAUACAGUUACACUGACAGUAUCAGAUUUUCCUAAACCAACUCUGACUGUUGAGCCACAGAGUUCAGUGUUCACCGGAGACUCAGUUACUCUGAGAUGUGAGGGGAUUCAGUCACAGUAUGGAUGGGACUUUCUCUGGAGAAAAGACUCAAACACUGAAACUAUUGAAGCUGCAACUAAAACAAUCAAUCGUGUGAAAGUCUCUGAUAGAGGAGAGUACAGCUGCAGAGCACGAAGAAGAGAAUGUUACUACUCCAUUGCAUCAGACACUGGAGUGUACUGGUGUGAGUCUGAAUCUGGAGAGAAACAUCAUGCUGUUAAUAUCACUGUACACUCUGGUGUGAUUCUGGAGAGUCCGGUCCACCCUUUGACUGAAGGAGAUAAUCUGAUUUUACGCUGUUUAUAUCAACUUAAAACCCCAUCAUACCUCAUAGCUGAUUUCUAUAAAGAUGGAUCACUCAUCCAGAAUCAAACUACAGAGAUGAGCAUCACUACUGUCUCAAAGUCACAUCAGGGUUUCUACUACUGCAAACACCCGAGAGGAGAGUCACCCAAGAGCUGGAUCUCAGUCAGAGACUCAAGAUCUGAUGGUCUCAAUCCCAUGAUAAUUGGAGGGACUGCUGGACUGACUGUUGCAGUUUUGAUCAUUGUCUUCUUGGUCCUGCUGUGGUGCUACAGAAACAACAAAGACAGUCUAAGUGGGCCUCCUGAACACAUCUAUGAUGGGAUUGAAAUGAUAUCUGUAAUAAAGCAGAAGAAAAAGAAAGAAGAUGAAGAUAGUCUAAGUGGGCCUCCUGAACACAUCUAUGCUAACAGUGAACUGAUACCUGUAACAAAGCAGAAGAAAAAGAAAGAAGACAAAGACAGUCUAAGUGGGCCUCCCCAACACAUCUAUGCUAACAUUGAACUGAUACCUGUAACAAAGCAGAGGAAAAAGAAAGAAGACGAAGACGGUGUAAAUGGGCCUCCUGAACACAUCUAUGAUAGGAUUGAACUGAAAUCUGUAAUAAAGCAGAAGAAAAAGAAAGAAGACAAAGGUGCUGAAUCUAGUCAUGGGACAUUGGAGAAAAAAAGAAGGAAAACGGGAAUGUUUUUAGGAUUUUACAAUGAUUUUUGAAUUAUCAUGUGACACUGAAGACUGAAAAUUCAGCUUUGA